AUGACUCCUUGCUCCGUGAGUUGGCAACCGUGUGUCGACCUGAGGCCAUUGGUUGCUAGAGGCCUUACUGAGGUUGGGAAUGGAAGGAGGGAGACACCAUUGGCGCUGUUUAAUCAGGAGAGCCUGUACUCUGUGGCUGCGAGGCGAUUUGGCAAGAAAUGGAGACCAGAUUUGUCAGAUGAGGAUGACGACGGUGCAUCUGCGCGCAAGAGGAAUCUGAGGUUUGGAAAGUUUGGGGCUUCGAGCGAAGAGGAUUCAGAAAUUGAUGAGUCUGAGGACACAGGUGCCAUCAGGAGGAGAUGGAGCCGUGCUGCUCUCAGGAACUGUGAUAUGAAGAAGGAAAGGCGGGUGCUCAAUGUAUCUAAAAAAUAA